CAAGGUGGGCUGAAAGAGUCAGAAGAGUCUCUCUGGAAGAGGGCUCAGGAUGCUGCUUCUGGGAGCUGUUCUACUGCUACUAGCCCUGCCCAGUCAUGGCCAGGAAACCAUUGAAGGGCCUGAAGUCCUUCUUCCCAUGCCCAAGGGGGCCUGUGCAGGUUGGAUGGCGGGCAUCCCAGGGCAUCCUGGCCACAACGGGACCCCAGGCCGUGAUGGCAGAGAUGGCACCCCUGGCGAGAAGGGUGAGAAAGGAGAUCCAGGUUUUGCUGGUCCUAAGGGUGACACAGGUGAAACUGGAGUGACUGGGGUUGAAGGUUCCCGAGGCUUUCCAGGAAUCCCAGGCAGAAAAGGAGAACCUGGAGAAAGUGCCUAUGUAUACCGCUCAGCAUUCAGUGUGGGACUGGAGACCCGGGUCACCAUUCCCAACAUUCCCAUUCGCUUUACCAAGAUCUUCUACAAUCAGCAAAACCACUAUGAUGACACCACUGGCAAAUUCUACUGCAACAUUCCCGGGCUGUACUACUUCUCCUACCACAUCACAGUUUACUUGAAGGAUGUGAAGGUCAGCCUCUACAAGAAGGACAAGGCCAUGCUCUUCACCUAUGACCAGUUCCAGGACAAGAACGUGGACCAGGCCUCUGGAUCUGUGCUCCUCUAUCUGGAGAAGGGUGACCAGGUCUGGCUCCAGGUGUAUGGGGAUGGAGAGAACAAUGGGGUCUAUGCAGAUAAUGUCCAUGACUCCACCUUCACAGGCUUCCUUCUCUACCAUGACAUUGAAUGAGCACCACUAACUCAAAGCCUCAACUGGGCCAAGCAGCCCAAAGUCAAAGAACAGUCCACAGGUCUUCAAUGUAGUUAGGAGACUGAUUUUAUUAUCUAGUUGGAGGACUCUGAACAUUAUUCAUUCAUUCAUUCAUCAAGUACCUUUUCAAAAAAUCAUAUACUGUGUUCCCAGACAGUCCUGAAGAAGACACAUCCCUUGACCUCAAAAAUCUAUUAUGUAGUGGUAAUACUAGAAGGAUGGUAACAUUUACUGGGGAGUUUCACAAACAUGACAAGAUAACCAACUACAAGAAAGUAUUUGACAGUGCUAUUCUGUACCCACUGAUUUUCCUUAUGUUCAUGCCAAUCCUGUGAAGUACACAGGAAAGAUGCUAUUCUCCUCUUUUUACACUUGGGGUCCUGAGGAUGAGAGAGUUAAGUGAAUGCCUAAAGUCACACAGGCAUUUAGUGGCAGAGUUAGAAAUCCAACCCAGGGCCAAGGGCCUUUUCCAGGAUACAGUGCCUGUUUUAAGGGGUGUAUGGCCUUUUGGAGGGUAUUGGUAGGGGUCUCUCACCCAGCUUGCCUGAGGGCCUUUGGAUUGGCCUUCACCAUGUGUUAAGCCUUUCCCCAUUAGCGCUCCCUCGGAGAAGGUGGUUCUAUGACUACGUCCCUUUCCAACUGGGCUACUCAGCGGCUCCUGCACUGCUCCAUACUUCCUCUUCUCUGUGUCUUUCCUCAGGCUCUUCUCUCUGGCCCAGAAAGUCGACUCCAUCUCCACAUGUUGACAUCUUCCCUGUUUCUCAAGUCCACCUGGUCGGGAAGCUUCUCUGACGUGAUGUCUCUUUCCUGCAAGCCUUCCUCACACCUAUGCCCGUCUACAUGUUACCCUGGAUAAGAGUCCUAGGUCUGUGAAACACCCUCCCACAGGCCAGGGACAACUGCCUAGAAAGGACUGUGCUUCCUUCACCCCAAGUCCCCUUGCAGGUCCUUGAUAAAUGCCUCAUGACGAUCAAACACUGGAACCUCAUAUCUACCCAGAGUUAACUCCAUUUCAGUCUCUCCGUAUAACUAAUACCUAUCUAAAAAAACAGUUUCAUUUUAGGAACUCCUUGAUUUUAAACACCCAAUCUUUGUUCCACUGGACAGUUUGAAGCUUUUCCACCGAGGUUCGGGAUGAUUGUGCUUUCCAGAACACUUAAAGAAUUUUCCCUCAAGGAAGUAGCUUGAGCCUUCAAUGCAAAACCCAUGAAGGAAUUUGGAAACCAUUCUUUCUCUGAGCACCAACAGGGUCUGGGAAGACCUGGGCUUCCUGAAUCUACUCUUGUUCUUUAAGAAUUAUAAAGAAAGAAAGGAAAAAAGAAAAUGAUAACUGUCUGAGGUGCUAGAUAUGUUAAUUAGCUUGAUUGUGGUGAAUAUUUCACAAUGUAUAUCUGUAUCAAAUCAUCAAAGUGUACACCUUAAAUAUACACAUUUUUAAUUGUCAAAUAUUCCUCAAAACAAAAGCGGGGGGGCU